AUGAAAAAUGGGGAUAUUCGCUCGAUAUGGAAUUACGAUGGAAGAAUUGCAUAUGAAGACAUCAUCAAAGUAACAGACAACUUUGACAUCAGACACUGCAUUGAAACCGGUGGUUAUGGCAGUGUCUACAGAGCUCAGUUGCCAUCUGGCAAAGUAAUUGCAUUGAAAAAGCUCCAUCGUUUGGAAGCAGAGGAGCCAGCUUUCGACAAGAGUUUCAGAAAUGAGGUGCAAAUGUUAACAAAUGUAAGGCACCGAAACAUAAUAAAGCUUUAUGCGUUCUGUUUGCACAACAAAUGCAUGUUCCUAGUGUAUGAAUACAUGGAAAGAGGAAGUUUAUUUUGUUCCCUGAGAACUGAUACUAAUGCUGUUAAAUUAGGAUGGACUCUGAGGGUAAACAUUGUUAAAGCAAUAGCACAUGCUCUAUCCUACUUACAUCAUGAUUACACCCCACCUAUUGUUCAUCGAGAUCUAUCGAGCAACAACAUUCUAUUGAACUCUAAAUUGGAGGCUUUUGUUUCCGACUUUGGCACUGCUAGAUUGCUACAUCCUGAUUCAUCGAAUCAAACUGUUAUUGCAGGCAUUAAUGGAUAUAUUGCUCCAGAAUUUGCUUACAUAAUGGUUGUGACUGAAAAGUGUGAUGCGUUUAGCUUUGGGGUGCUGGCACUGGAAACAAUCAUGGGAAGGCAUCCUGGAUAUUUAGAAUCGCGGGAGUCCGAUAUUGUAGGGCUUAUUCAUCUUCCGAAAGAAGGCACGAAAAAGUCGAGCUACACCACCUCACCCGAAGUAGAUGAGCAGCUUGUUGGCCUGAUCUUCCCAAGUAGCACCAAGCAUGCGCUCACCUUCUCUGAGAAAGAGUUGCCGUCGGAAGGAUCGACCCACAACAAGCCAUUGUACAUAUCUGUUGAGUGCAAAGAUAAGUGGGUUCCAGUGGUUUUAGUGGACACUGGCUUUGCAAUCAACAUCUGUCCUUCUUGCACUGCCUGUGCGAUAGGCCUGAAACUGACAGAUUUCGUCCCCACAGCCCAGGUGAUCCAAGCAUUUGACAAUACGAGCAGAGAAGUUAUGGAGACGAUGAAAGUCCAAGUCCAAGUGAGCCUUUCUGAGCAUGAGAUUGAGUUCUAUGUACUUGAUGUGCCAACUACCCUCAACCUACUUCUAGGGAGACCCUAG